GCUGAAGCGUGUUGGACGUUUGAGUGUCAGUAGGAAGUUCACGCGACUAGCAGGACACAUGCGUUUUUAAAAAAUAACAGCUAACAACCUAACAUGUAGCUAGCUGCCGUGCUAAUUUAACUCGUUUAAAAUGGCGGAAACGUCGACUGCAGCGCGGAGAGGGUUUCUGGAGAUCAGCCCGGGGAGGAGAGAUGAAGCCAACAAGGAGAACAACGUCCCGGUUCUGAGUCUGAUCCAGUUUUCCAAAGCCCCCUUCGUGUCGUUCGGGUCUUUGAAGCUAGGAACCUCCAGGUCGGCGGUUCUGCGGCUCGAGAACCCGGCAGAGGACGCGGAGGCCGAGGUCAGUGUGGAGAAGAUCCCGUCGGGCAAAGGCUUCUCCGUGGACCACAGCACCUUCACCAUCCAGCCUGAGUCCUCGUUCAGUUUGACAAUAACCUGGACUCCAGCAGAGGAAGGUGGGAUCAGAGAGCUCAUCGUCUUCAACGCCAAUGGGGUCCUCAAGCACCAGGCUGUGAUGCUGGGGAGAGCGGAGGCCCCGAAAAAGAAAAAGAAAAGCUUAUGGGACACAAUCAAAAACAAAAAGGAGGGUGGAAAAGUUGCUGCCCCUCGAAGAAAGGGAGCGGAGCCCCCGCUGAAGAUGUCGGCCAACAAAACCUUCCAAGUGUCCCGAGAGCCGCAGUAUAAACGGGACAAGCCACGCAGCCCCCUCGCUGCACUCAACGAGGGCAAAGCCGUGCGAGAGAGGUCGCUCACGAAGCAAAGUCCCGUCGACGAUCAUCGCUCUCGGACUUCGGAGGAGCUGAAGGUUUCAAACCCCAAACUGAGGCCACAGUCUCUGGCCUCGUCGGGCCAGGAGAACAUCCAUCACAUCCACAGGAGCUCUCCCGUCGUCCUGCUCGUCCCAGCCGCAAAGCUGAUGGACAUGUCCGCCAGCCUGGACACCUGGGGGGUCAAACCUGAAAACAAAGAUCUUACCAAAAUACUGAACCAGACAGUUUCACCUAUUGGGACACCAGAGAGGUUUAAGAAACUCAUGCCUCGUAUUCAGACAGGAAGCCCUCUUUCUGCCACAGGACAGUAUGAUGAUGGUACCAGCGAGUUAACUGGAACCCCAGCUCUGUCUCUGACAGAUGCACUGGCCCUCAUUGACUCUGAUCUGAGCUACACUAUCACCAGUCCUCAAGGCAAUAGUUCUAGCUGUGUCCUGUCAGAUUCACUGGAAUCCAAGAGUGGGAGUGACGGCCGAGGACCUGACAGGAAUCUCCUCAAAGUGUUACCGGACAGCCCCGAGGUGGCACAGUCAAAUGAGCCGAGACUGACUUUCUUUGUCAGCAACAAGGUCGUGGUGGAUGAAGCUGUGGCCUCAGAGGCUGCAGAGGACAAAGACAUGGUGAAGAAGGCGUCUUUUACUUCUGCCACAGUGAUCAAGAGCAAAGCACCGGUGGAGGAGAACAGUCUCAGUGGAAGGAAAAUCAAGAAGUCGAGGCGACGGCUCCUGGAGCUGUCUGACAGCAGCAGUCAGUGUGAUUCGGGGACAAGUUCCCCUCAACUUCCUGUUAUAGAUCCCGGCACAGGAAGUACAGGAAGCAGCCGCCUGUGUGACGACACGCAUCAAUCGGCAGAGUUCACCUCUUCCAGCCCGACUCCAGGUGUCUAUGGCCCGACCACACCCAUCACCUUCCCCAUCACAUCCCCUCCAUCCAUGGCUCCCACUCGCUUCUCCUUCUCACUCACCUCCCCACUUCCUCCUGCAGCCCCCGCUUCCAUUUCUUUCACUCUCACCUCUGCGUCACCCACAGCCUCGUCUUCUCCUCUUCGCCACAACCUCUCAUCAAACCUUAACGUGUAUGAGCAGCGUCCAGCUGCCUUUGCGCCCUUGUCCACCCUGGAAGACGCGUUUCCCAUUCACAUGGCAGUGAAGAGCAAGAAGAGGAAGAGUGAGGAGUAUCUGAGAAAUGAUACGAAGGUGGAGGAGGCGGUGAAAACUAACCGGGUCAAGAGGAGCAGAUGGGUGGCAGCAAAAACCGAGUCUUCAAGAUCGGUGCAGGAGAGAAGUGCGUUACAGCGGAGAACAGCAGGUUCAGUUCGCUCAACAACUGCAUCGUCUCUAAAGAGCACUCGGCCUGUGGUUCCUGCCGAGGCCCAGCGACCGAGCUCCAAACACACCCCACGAGUUGCACCAUCUCUAAAAUGUGCUUCAUCUGUGAGGGCGGCAAAAGUGGUUGCUGUCGCGCAGUCAAAGCUGAACUUCAUUAAGCCGCUGCACACAGCCAUACCGAGGCACCCGAUGCCGUUUGCUGCCAAGAACAUGUUCUUUGACGAGAGGUGGCUUGAGAAGCAGGAGACAGGAUUCACCUGGUGGAUCAACUACGUCCUCACCCCUGACGACUUUAAAGUCAACACUGAAGUUGCUAAAGUGAGCGCUGUGUCCCUGGCCAUGGGCAACGACGACAACUUCAGUGUGCCCAAAGCUCCCACCAAGGAGGAGAUGUCUUUCAGCACCUACACGGCCCGACGGAAGCUGAACCGCCUGCGUCGCUCCGCCUGCCAGCUGUUCACAUCCGACGCCAUGGUGAAGGCCAUUCAGAGGCUGGAGGUGGAGGUGGAGGCCAAGCGGCUGCUCGUCCGAAAAGAUCGCCAUCUUUGGAAGGACGUCGGUGAACGCAAAAAAGUGCUCAACUGGCUUCUUUCGUACAAUCCGCUGUGGUUGCGGAUCGGGCUUGAGACGAUCUUCGGGGAGCUGAUCUCGCUGGAGAGCAACAGCGACGCCCUGGGUCUGGCCAUGUUCGUCCUCCAGCGGCUGCUCUGGAAUCCAGACAUCGCUGCACAGUUCAGACAUGCCAAAGUGCCUAACCUCUACAAAGACGGCCACGAGGAGGCGCUGUCUCGCUUUACGCUGAAGAAGCUGCUCCUGCUGGUUUGUUUCCUGGACAAGGCCAAAGAGUCUCGGCUGAUCGAGCACGACCCCUGUCUGUUCUGUGUGGACGCAGAGUUCAAGGCGAGUAAGGACCUCCUCCUGGCGUUCUCCAGAGACUUCCUGAGCGGAGAGGGAAUUCUCCCCCGGCACCUCGGCUACCUUGGGUUGCCCGUCUCCCACGUUCAGAAGCCGCUGGAUGAGUUCAACUAUUCCGUGAAGAAUCUGUCGGUGGACUUGAAAUGUGGCAUCCGUCUAGUACGUGUGAUGGAGCUGCUCGUCCAGGACUGGAGUCUGUCGGCGAAGCUCCGCCUGCCGGCCAUCAGCCGCCUGCAGAAGGUCCACAACGUGGACGUCGCUCUGCAAGUGCUCAAAAGCAAAAACGUCGACCUCAAGGACGAACUUGGAUCCAUCAUUGACUCCAGAGACGUGGUUGAUGGACACCGAGAGAAGACACUGGGCCUCCUGUGGAAGAUCAUCUUUGCAUUUCAUGUGGAGGUGAUUUUGGACGAGGAGCAGCUGAGAGACGAGAUCGGCUUCCUGCGGAGAACGCUGAGGACCCAACGGAGGCUGCGGUCUCUGAGGGCCGAUCGGGGCCUUCAGCCGACUCCCGCGAAGACGAGGCUGCCGUACGAGAACAGCAGCGCCAAGAUUACCCUGCUGAUGGACUGGACCCGCGCCGUCUGUGACUUCUACGGUCUGAAGGUGGAGAACUUCAGUGUGGCGUUCUCGGACGGCCGCGUCCUCUGCCACCUCAUCCACCACUAUCACCCCGGCCUGCUGCCAGAGGAGGCUGUCAGUCACGGCACCACACAGACCGUGGAGUGCUCGCCGAGGGGCCGCCUGGAGCUCAGCUGCUCAGCCAGCGACUCCGACAGCUCCUUUGACUCGCCGCCGACGGGCCUGAACGGCCCAGAUUCUCCAUCAGUGGAAUUUAAAGAGCUGCUGGAAAAUGAGAAGAACAACUUCAGACUGGUCAACACCGCCGUGGCUUUCCUGGGCGGCGUCCCCGCCAUGAUCAACCCGGCGGACAUGUCCAACACCAUCCCCAACGAGAAGGUGGUGAUGUCUUACCUGACCUUCUUAUGCGCUCGUCUGCUCGACCUGCGGAACGAAACCAGAGCCGCUCGGGUCAUACAGGGCGCCUGGAGGAACUACAGGCUGAAGAAGGAUCUGCAGCUCUACAAGGAAAGAAACAUGGCAGCUGAGAAGAUCCAGUUGCUUGUGAGGACUUUUCUCCAGAAGCGCAGAGUUGUGAGGCAGAAUCGAGCCGCCGUCGUCAUCCAGUCCGUCUGGAGGGGUUACGCAGCCCGCAACAGGCUGAGGCUGCAGAGAGAGGCUCAGGUCCGGGCUCUGCAGUGCGAAGCAGCAACUGUCAUCCAGGCUCAGUGGAGGAUGUUUUCAGCUAUGAGGACUUACCAUCGCCUCAGAUACUACACCAUUGUUGUCCAGGCACAAUGGCGAAUGAGGAGGGCGGCCGAUGCUUAUGGAAGAAUCUACUGGGCGGCAACCGUCCUUCAGAAGCACUCUCGAGCGACGGCUCUCGCACGCAGGGAUCGGGAAAGUUAUCUCUCCCUGAGAACUGCAGCAGUGACAUUACAGAGAGUGUACAGGAGAUGGAAGGCCCAGAAAACAGAGAAGGAAAACAGAGCCGCCAAUGUGAUACAAGCUGUGUUUAAGAAAUGGUACAAUGAGAAAAUGGCCAAAAGAACGACUGCUGCUGUGAGGAUUCAGUCGUGUUACAGAAUGCAGAGGUGUCUCCAUCAAUACAGAGAGAUCAAAAGAAGCACUAUACUCAUUCAAGCCCAGUACAGAGGUCAUGCACAGAGGCGCCGCUUUAACAUGUUGAAACUACAGCACGGCGCGGCUAUCACCAUCCAAAGCGCCUUCAGGGGGCACGCCGUCAGAAAACAGGUGGAAAAGAUGAGAUGCGCUGCAGUCGUUAUUCAGUGUUGGUUCAGGGCCACUGUGCAGAGAGACGUGCAGAGACACAUGUUUGUGAGGAUGAGAUGUGCUGCUGUUACCAUACAGGCAGCUUAUCGUGGAAGAGUGGCUCGGGAGUCUGUGAAAAAACAGCAGAAGGCAGCAGCGGUAAUCCAGACAGCUUUUCGGAGGUACGCCGCCCAAAGGCGCUACCUCGCCCUGAGAAAAGCCGCCGCUGUGAUACAGCAGAAAUACAGAGCUGCAGUUUUGGCCCGUGAGACAAUGAAAGAUUUCAAGGCUCUGAAGAACGCGGCACUCGUUGUACAAGCUCACUGGAGAGGCAGAGCCGACAGGAAGAGGAUAGAGAAACGUCACAAGUGUGCAGCUGUGGUACAGGCUUAUUACCGUCGACACAAAGCUCGAGCAGAGUACAGGUCAAAGAAAGCAGCUGCUGUCAUCAUUCAGCGUCACUACAGAGCUUAUGUGGCUGGAAAGGAGAUGAGGAAGUCGUACCUUUGCACGCAAGCAGCCUGUGUCACUCUUCAAGCUGCAUUCAGAGGCGUGAGAGUCAGGACGCAGCUUAAGAAACAGCACCAGGCAGCGACUGUCAUCCAGGCUUCAGUUAGGAUGUUUAUAUGUAGGAAAAGAUAUGUUCUCCUUCAGAGUGCAUCAAUUAUCAUUCAGAGUCGAUACAGAGCUCUAAUGCUCGGCAGGACAGAGCGAAACGAGUACAGGCAGCUGAAGCAGGCCGCCGUAAAGAUUCAAGCUGUCUACCGGGGAUUUAGAGUCAGAGGAGAACUAAAGAAGAGGCACCACGCUGCCAGAGCAAUUCAAGCUCAGUUCAGGAUGUGCAGAAUGCGUAUGGCUUACCUUGCCGCAAAGUGCGCUGCCUUCAUUAUUCAGGAGCGCUACAGAGCCAAAAGGCUCCGGGACAGAGAGUUCCACAUGUACAGAUCAAUGAAAUCUGCGGCUGUAGUCAUACAGGCGACGUAUCGUGGUCAUGUGGCCAGGAGCCAGGUUGCCAAGAUGCACCGAGCUGCUACAGUCAUUCAAAGGAAGUUCCUCGCAGUUCGAGAUAGAAAUAGGUUUCAGGCGAUUAAGACGGCAGCUCUGGUUUGUCAGCAGAGGUACAGAGCAGCGACCCGGGCAAGAACAGACCGUCUGGACUAUCUGUCAAAACGCAGGGCAGCCAUUUGUCUACAGGCGGCCUACAGGGGAUAUGAGGUCAGAAAGCAGCUGCGUAUCCAGCACAAAGCAGCCGUGACAAUUCAGUCUCACUUCCGACAGUACCAGCAGAGACGCUGCUACAGGAGGCUACGCUGGGCUGCCAGUGUACUGCAAGCACGUCACAGAGCCAAUAGAGACAUGAGGCAGGAGAUGCACAACCUGUGUGCCAAGAGAAACGCCGCCCUUCUCUUACAAGCUGCUUUCAGAGGAAUGAAAUGCAGACGAGUCAUCAAACAAAGUCACUGUGCUGCCAGUGCUAUCCAGAGAGCUUACAGAGCCCACUGUGAACACAGGAAGUAUCUUACCUUCAAAUCCUCUGUGCUCGCCGUACAGCGAAGGUAUCGAGCAACUGCAGCAGCCAAAGAACAAAUGCAAAAAUAUAUAAAAAUGCGCAGAGCCGCUGUUGUCCUGCAGGCAGCCUACAGAGGUCAGAAGGUCAGACAGGAAGUUGCUCGCCGGCAUCAGGCCGCCACAGUCAUUCAGUCUGUGUUCAGAAAACACAGGGAGGAAGUCAAAUACCAGGCCAUGAGACUGUCCGCCAUCAUCAUCCAGAGACACUACCGCUCCCUUGUUCUUCAGAGGAGAGACACAGAACGCUUCCUGCAAGUGAGACGUUCUGCUGUUGUUCUUCAGGCAGCUUUCAGAGGUCAUCGUGUGCGACGCAGCAUCUCCAAGAUGCACAGGGCAGCAACUCUCAUUCAAACAAACUUCAGGAGACACAAACAGCAGUCAGCCUUCAGGAGACAACGCUGGGCAGCUUGUGUCUUGCAGCAGAGGUUCAGAGCUCAGAGACAGAAAGACCUGGACGUCAAACAUUAUCAUGAGGUCAGAGAAGCUGUCUUCGUUUUACAGGCUGCAUAUCGAGGAAUGAAAUUGAGGAGGAACAUCAAACAAAGACAUUGUUCUGCCAGUGUUAUCCAGAGAGCUUACAGAGCCCACUGUCAACACAGGAAGUAUCUUACCUUAAAAUCCUCUGUGCUCGCUGUUCAGCGAAGGUAUCGAGCUACUGCAGCAGCAAAAGAAGAAAUGCAAAAAUACCAAAACAUGCAGAGAGCAGCCAUCAUCCUUCAGGCAGCCUACAGAGGUCAGCAGGUCAGACAGGAAGUUGCUGGCCGGCAUCAGGCCGCCACCUUGAUCCAGUCUGUGUUCAGAAAACACAGGGAGGAAGUCAAAUUCCAGGCCAUGAGACUGUCCGCCAUCAUCAUCCAGAGACACUACCGCUCCCGUGUUCUUCAGAGGAGAGACACAGAACGCUUCCUGCGAGUGAGACGUUCUGCUGUUGUUCUUCAGGCAGCUUUCAGAGGUCAUCGUGUGCGACGCAGCAUCUCCAAGAUGCACAGGGCAGCAACUGUCAUUCAAACAAACUUCAGGAGACACAAACAGCAGUCAGCCUUCAGGAGACAACGCUGGGCAGCUUGUGUCUUACAGCAGAGGUUCAGAGCUCAGAGACAGAAAGACCUGGACGUCAAACAUUAUCAUGAGGUUAGAGAAGCUGUUAUUCAGCUACAAGCUGCUUUCCGUGGAAUGAAAUCCAGAAGAAUUGUCAAACAGAGGCAUCAGUCUGCCAGUGUUAUCCAGAGAGCUUACAGAGCCCACUGUGAACACAGGAAGUAUCUUACCUUAAAAUCCUCUGUGCUCGCUGUUCAGCGAAGGUAUCGAGCUACUGCAGCAGCAAAAGAAGAAAUGCAAAAAUACCAAAAAAUGCGAAGAGCAGCCAUCAUCCUUCAGGCAGCUUACAGAGGUCAGCAGGUCAGACAGGAAGUUGCUCGUUGGCAUCAGGCCGCUACUUUGGUUCAGUCUGUGUUCAGAAAGCACAGAGAGGAAGUCAAAUUCCAGGCCAUGCGACUGUCCGCCAUCAUCAUCCAGAGACACUACCGCUCCCUUGUUCUUCAGAGAAAAGAAAGAGAACACUUCCUGCGAGUGAGACGUUCUGCUGUUGUUCUUCAGGCAGCUUUCAGAGGUCAUCGUGUGCGACGCAGCAUCUCCAAGAUGCACAGGGCAGCAACUGUCAUUCAAGCAAACUUCAGGAGACACAAACAGCAGUCAGCCUUCAGGAGACAACGCUGGGCAGCUUGUGUCUUACAGCAGAGGUUCAGAGCUCAGAGACAGAAAGACCUGGACGUCAAACAUUAUCAUGAGGUUAGAGAAGCUGCCAUCCUGUUACAGGCUGCAUAUCGAGGAAUGAAAUUGAGGAGGAACAUCAAACAAAGACAUUGUUCUGCCAGUGUUAUCCAGAGAGCUUACAGAGCCCACUGUGAGCACAGGAAGUAUCUUACCUUAAAAUCCUCUGUGCUCGCCGUACAGCGAAGGUAUCGAGCUACUGUAGCUGCAAAAGAUCAAAUGCAUAGCUACCAAAACAUGCAGAGAGCAGCCAUCAUCCUUCAGGCAGCCUACAGAGGUCAGCAGGUCAGACAGGAAGUUGCUGGCUGGCAUCAGGCCGCCGCCUUGAUCCAGUCUGUGUUCAGAAAACACAGGGAGGAAGUCAAAUUCCAGGCCAUGAGACUGUCCGCCAUCAUCAUCCAGAGACACUACCGCUCCCGUGUUCUUCAGAGGAGAGACACAGAACGCUUCCUGCGAGUGAGACGUUCUGCUGUUGUUCUUCAGGCAGCUUUCAGAGGUCAUCGUGUGCGACGCAGCAUCUCCAAGAUGCACAGGGCAGCAACUGUCAUUCAAACAAACUUCAGGAGACACAAACAGCAGUCAGCCUUCAGGAGACAACGCUGGGCAGCUUGUGUCUUACAGCAGAGGUUCAGAGCUCAGAGGCAGAAAGACCUGGACGUCAAACAUUAUCAUGAGGUUAGAGAAGCUGUUAUUAAGCUACAAGCUGCUUACCGUGGAAUGAAAUCCAGAAGAAUCGUCAAACAGAGGCAUCAGUCUGCCAGUGUUAUCCAGAGAGCUUACAGAGCCCACUGUGAACACAAGCAGUAUCUGAAGUUUAAAUCCUCUGUUCUCACCAUUCAGCGAAAAUAUCAGGCAACCGUCACAGCUAAAGCACAAAGAACACGUUACCUGGAACUGCGCAGGGCAGCCAUCAUCCUUCAGGCAACUUUCAGAGGUCAGCAGGUCCGACAGGAAGUUGCUCGCCGGCAUCAGGCCGCCACAGUCAUUCAGUCUGUGUUCAGAAAGCACAGGGAGGAAGUCAAAUUCCAGGCCAUGAGACUGUCCGCCAUCAUCAUCCAAAGACACUACCGCUCCUGUGUUCUUCAGAGGAGAGACAGAGAAAUGUUCCUGAAAAAGAAACAAUCCACCAUUGUCCUCCAGGCUGCACUUAGAGGCUGGCGUGUCAGGAGGGAAAUUAGCCGACAAAAUCGAGCUGCCACCAUCCUCCAGUCGUGCUGGAGAGGUUUAAUGCAGAGGCGUAUCUUCGAGAGGAAGAGAGAGGCAGCUGUGACACUUCAGCGCAGGAUUCGGGCUGUGCAGCGAGGCAAAGAGGAGAGGAACCACUACAUCCGAACGAGGCGAGCUGCCAUCACACUUCAGAGACGCGGCAGAGCCUGGAUUGCAAGACGACAGGCACUGGAGGCGGCCAUGGCAGAGAGGAGGCUCCGUUUUACUUCGGCGGUCUUCCAUCAUCUCAGUGCCAUGAAGAUCCAACGAGCCCUGAGAGCUCACUGGGCUUUGGAGUCUGCUAAGAGACAAAUUCACUGUGUCGUCGCCGUACAGCGAUGGGUGAGAGCGACGCAGCAGAGGAGACGGUAUCUGGAGGACCGGAGGAAAGUGGUUACAGCCCAGCGAGCGAUCAGGUGCUGGUUGGCCCGUCGCCAUAGAGCUGCGUCCGUCAUCCAGCAGGCCGUCAGGAACUUCCUCCUUCUUAGGCGCCAGAGGAGGGUUCAGCAGGGGAUUGUCAAAGCUCAGGCUCUGUGGAGAGGACACCGCUCCCGCCGACUGAACGACAAUGCCAAGCUGGUGAAGUUGAGACACCGCCUGCGCCAAGUGUCCGCUGCCGUCAGAGAGGAGGACAAACUGUGCAACAAGACGUCGUCCGCACUCGACUACCUCCUGCGAUACAAACACUUCUCCUACAUCCUGGAGGCUCUGAAGAACCUGGAAACAGCCACCAGGCUGUCACCAGAGUGCUGCGAGCGGCUGGUGGAGAGCGGAGCCACCAACGUCAUCUUCACGCUCAUCCGCUGCUGCAACCGCAGCGUCCCCUGCAUGGACGUGAUCACCUUCUCCAUCCAGAUCCUCCUCAACCUCUCGAAGUACCACAAGACUAUCGAGGCAGUGUAUUCGGUGGAGAACUCCGUGGAGACGUUGCUGGACCUGCUGCAGAGAUAUCGGGAGAAGGCCGGAGAUAAAGUGGCUGAAAAGGGCGGCAGCAUCUUCACCAAGGCCUGUUUCCUUCUCGCUCUGCUGCUGCUAGACAAGCGCCGCACUGUGGAGGUUAUGAAGUUGCCCAAAGUGCUGGACAGGAUUCGCAGUAUUUACCGGCUCACUGCUCGCAAACACAAGAUGGACGCAGAAAGAACCGUUACCAAACAGAAGAUGAACGCGUCCGUCAACGGGAGCUUCUUUGUGCCAGCGACACCUCGUAAAUCCAAACCUGCGCCCAAGUUUGCACCGGACUGGGUCCUCAGGAAGGACAAACUCAAAGACAUCGCGGACCCUCUCAGAGCCAUUCACAUGGUGGCCGACGCACUGUCCAUUGUGUUGUAAAUAGAAAAACGUUCACAUUUUGAUUCAUCUCGUUUUUUAUUCCUUCAGAAAAUAUUGCUUUUAUGUUUUUCUUUUUACUGUUACAUUUCCAUGUGGUUGAUGUAUAUAUUAAAAUGGAUUUGUUUCUUAAA